UUGAGAAGGAGGUGAGCGACUGGCUUCCCAAAUACAUCGAGGCCAACUUUUCUCGAAGUAUUCCCAUCAGUGCGAAAGCGAUAGAUGAAAGUACGGGGAAAGUUGUGGGAAUUAGCGUCGCCGUCGUGAUUGACCCCAAGCAGCCCAAAUUGCCAAUGAUGAUGGAUUUCCUGGAGCCAGCCUCUCAACCAAUAAUGCAUCAAAUUCGUGUAUUUCUUGACGAGAUUGACGAAGGACUUAAUGCUGCCGAGUUGCUUGGCAUAAAAAGUUUGACGACGGAUAGAGAUCCCCGGAUUUUGGACAACCUGCUCGUCUCCGUGGACAAGAAGUACUGGAACAAAAGCAUCGGGACAGAGCUUAUCAGGAAGAAUGUAGAAUAUGCCAAGAAAGAUAAGGAAUGUUUAGCAGCAAAGGUGCGACAUUGCAAAACAAUCUAUAAACUAGUCUACUUGUACAUAUUGAUGCAGUUUUCUUGCUUUAAUACAAAAGGUCGUGGUCACCUCAGAGUACAGUUACAAAGCCUACUUGAAAGUUGGGUAUCAAAUGGUGAGAGAGUUCCAAUAUGCAAAAUAUACGAAUCCCGACGGUGUGAAAAUAUUUGUAGGAAAAGAACCCCAAUUAGGGAUCAAUUUACAAAGUAGAGUUAUGAUUAAAGAUUUG